GCGCCGCCGCUCCCGCCCUCUCCGCGCCGUGCGGGAGCGGGGCGCCGGGGCCGGCGCGGGAGGAGAUGCUGCUGCUCCGCUCUGACUCCGUCCCCGCGCUCCCUUUCAGGCGCCGACCACAACCUUACGCGAGCGCUGCUGCGGGGGUGGGCGAAGCUCCGGACUCCUGCGCUCUAUCACCGCACUGCCUGCGCGAACGGCGUCUCUAGACCGGCCGGUAACAUGCACGUGUCACUGGCAGAGGCUCUGGAGGUUCGGGGAGGGCCAUUGCAAGAAGAGGAAAUAUGGGCUAUUUUGAAUCAAAGUGCAGAGAGCCUUCAAGAGCUAUUCAGAAAAGCUGAUCCUACUGCUCUGGGAUUCAUCAUUUCUCCAUGGUCUCUCCUGUUGCUUCCAUCUGGCAGUGUAUCAUUUACUGAUGAAAAUGUGUCCCAACAAGACCUGCGAGCAUUCACAGCACCAGAGGUUCUGCAGAACCAUUCUCUAUCAUCUCUGUCAGACGUUGAAAAGGUCCAUAUUUAUUCUCUUGGUAUGGCACUCUUUUGGGGAGCUGACCAUGAAGUUCCUCAAAGUCAGCCUAUCAAACUUGGAGAUCAUCUCAACAGCAUACUUCUCGGCAUGUGUGAAGAUGUCAUUUAUGCCCGUGUAUCUGUACGGACUGUUCUGGAUGCUUGCAGUGCCCACAUAAGGAACAGUAACUGUGCCCCUUCUUUUUCAUAUGUGAAACAAUUGGUCAGACUGGUUCUGGGAAGCCUGUCUGGGGUGGAUCAGCUUUCUUGCAAUGGGGAGAGAAAAUUGCAGCCAGACAGGAGCCAGGCUAUUCGGGAGCGGCUGAGGGGAAAAGGACUUCCCACAGGAAAAACAUUGGUGGUUGAUGCACCUGAUGGACACAAAGCUCACUUCUCUCAACAGACCAUGCUUAACAAAGGACUUAGCAAGUCGAUGGGAUUUCUGUCCAUUAGAGGAACACAAGGUGAGGAAGAGUUUUUCCAGGGCAUUUCUGCAGGUUACAACUCAGGACAGGAAGAUGUUUUUUGUCCUCAUAGAUGUAAAACCAGUGAGUUUGAAAAAAAAGGUCACCUUCAUACAGAUGUCGCUCCCAAGCGGAAAGUAUGGGCUUCCUCCACAGAUUUGCUUUGCACAACUGACAAGGCAGCUGAGAGGGACCAUGUUGGAGGCUCUCAUGGGCACAACCAUCAGUGUGAAGCAUUUAUGGUACGGACUUCUACUACUACCAGAAACAAGGAAGCGAGAUACUCUGAUGGGAGCAUAGCACUGGAUGUCUUUGGACCACAAAAACUGGACCAAACGCGCCAUGUGCCUGAGACAUCAACUUCUGCAGCAAUAUCAAGUGCCUUUGACAGGAUAAGAGAGAGACAGAAGAAGUUGCAGCUUCUGAGGGAAGCUAUGAAUGUAGAAGAGCCUUUGAGAAGGUACAAAUCUUAUCACAGUGACGUUUAUAGUACUUCGAGUGAAAGUCCAUCUGUUAUUUCUUCGGAACCAGACUUCAGGCAAGUGAGAAGAAAUGAAGGUUUCAAGAGAGAUGAUGAUGCCAGUGGUGCUUUGCCAGGUGCUGAUGAUAUCUCCACAUCAAGUCAAGCUAAUUCUCAGAGGGCAAGGCAACGUGAAGCAGCGUUUGAAGGCAGUCUAGUAAGUCAAGAAGUGAUGCUAAAGCGUCAGGAAGAAGAAAUGAUGCAACUGCAAGCUAGAAUGGCUCUCAGGCAGUCCCGACCUAACCUCUACCCAGGAGAUGCAAUUAGGUCCUCAAUGCUUGACAUCACCAGAGAUCCGCUGAGAGAAAUAGCCCUGGAAACAGCCAUGACACAAAGAAAACUGAGGAAUUUCUUUGGCCCUGAGUUUGUGAAAAUGACGAUUGAGCCAUUCAUCUCCUUGGAUCUACCAAAGUCUAUCUUGACUAAGAAAGGGAGGAAUGAUGACACCAGGCGAAAAGUAAAUGUGAUGCUUCUAAGUGGGCAGAAGCUGGAGCUGACCUGUGAUACCAAAACGAUAUGUAAAGAUGUCUUUGAUAUGGUUGUUGCCCAUAUUGGCUUGGUGGAGCAUCACUUGUUUGGAUUGGCUACUUUAAGAGAAAAUGAAUUUUUCUUCGUUGAUCCUGACAUAAAGCUAAGUAAAGUAGCUCCAGAAGGAUGGAAAGAAGAACCGAAGAAAAAGAACAAGCCCCCUGUCAACUUCACUCUGUUUUUUCGCAUAAAGUUUUUUGUGGAUGAUGUCAGUCUUAUACAGCAUACGCUGACCUGUCACCAGUAUUAUCUACAGUUGCGGAAGGACAUCCUGGAAGACAGGAUGCACUGUGAUGAUGAGACAGCCUUAUUAUUAGCAUCCCUAGCUCUCCAAGCUGAGUAUGGAGAUUACCAGGCAGAGGUGCAUGGCAUGUCAUAUUUCAGACUAGAACAUUAUGUCCCGGCUAGAGUGAUGGAGAAACUAGAUCUGUCCUACAUCAAGGAGGAGCUGCCAAAACUGCAUAGCACUUAUGUGGGUGCAUCUGAAAAAGAGACAGAGUUAGAAUUUUUGAAGUUGUGUCAGAGGCUCACAGAAUAUGGGGUUCAUCUUCAUCAUGUGCUGCCUGAGAAGAGAUCCCAAACAGGUAUCCUUCUGGGAGUAUGCUCCAAAGGAGUUGUUAUUUUUGAAGUUCACAAUGGUGCUCGCACACCUGUACUACGCUUCCCAUGGAGAGAGACAAAGAAAAUAUCCUUUAGUAAGAAGAAAAUAACUUUGCAGAACACAUCAGAUGGUAUCAAGCAUGCAUUUCAGACUGACAGUAGUAAGACUUGCCAGUACCUUUUGCAUCUCUGCUCUUCCCAGCAUAAGUUCCAACUACAGAUGAGAACUAGGCAGAGCAACCAAGACACUCAGGACAUUGAAAGGGCUUCAUUUAGAAGCCUAAACCUUCAUGCAGACUCUGUCAAAGGUUUCAACAUGGGACGAGCAAUCAGUACUGGUAGCCUGGCCAGCAGCACUUUGAACCGACUUGCCGUUCGACCUCUGUCUGUUCAAGCAGAGAUUCUGAAGAGACUGUCCUGCUCUGAGCUCUCACUCUUCCAGCCGCUUCCUGGCUCUUCAAAGGACAAGAACGAGAAGACUCCGUGGGAGGAGAGACCCAGGGUUAUGAGCAAGUCCUUUCACGAUCUGAGUCAGAGCCACAUCUCGGUUUACCCCCCAAGGAGAAAUAUUAUUACUGCUUUGGACUCUUCCUCCCAAAAAAUAGAAGACAUAAUGGGAAGAGUCUUUCAGCAAAUGCCAAAAUUUGAUACUGGAUCAGCAGCAGGAGCAUUAAAACUGAGCAAUUCAAAAUCUCAUGCAGGUUUAAGUAGAAGCCCUGAAAGAAAGAAAAAUGAAUCAGACUCAUCAUCCACCGAAGAUACCAGUCAAGCCUAUGUUGUAGGCGUUAGUAUGAAUACUUCGGGAAAGCUUCCAUCAUCAACACUGUUAAAAGAGAGCGUUGACUCUCUGCAAACAACACAGAACAGAGUUGCCUCACCGGAAAGAGAGAUCACUUUGGUGAACUUGAAAAAGGAUGAAAAAUUGGGCUUAGGCUUUCAAAUAGUUGGCGGAGAGAAGACUGGGAAACUUGAUCUGGGAAUUUUUAUUCACUCUGUUAUUCCCGGAGGGCCAGCUGAUUUGGAAGGAUCUCUAAAACCAGGACACCGACUAAUAUCCAUAAAUAGCACAAGUUUAGAAGGCGUCAGCCACCAUGCAGCAUUAGAAAUUUUGGAGAAUGCACCUGAAGACGUGACACUUGUUAUCUCUCAGCCCAAGGACAAGCUACCCAAAGCAUCAUCUAACGCUGCACACAUCAGUAAUGGAACCAGGGGUUAUUUAAGGAGGCCAUCGUUGGUGCAGGACAAUGAGGCAGAGUCCUCUUCAGAAGAACACAACUGGUCCCAUGGUCACCAGAGGCCUGUUUCGGGGAGUUUGUCUGGUUUGUUGGGAGGCAAGCGGGAUGGAAGCAUGAGCUCCCAGGAUUCCAGAACUGAGAGUGCCAGCCUGUCUCAGAGCCAGCCAGCCAGCUUCUUUGGCAAACAUGCAAGUGGUAGAGCUCAGCAGGAUCCUCAGCAUUACAGUGAUUCCCAGUCUGGGCUUUCUAAAAUGAAUGAGAAGAGAAGAUCCUCGUCUGACAGUACUCGAGCAAAAAAUAAAAGGCCUGGGGUAGUGGAAUCUGUGGAAUAUUCUGACCGAGGGGAUUCUGACAUGGAUGAAGCAACUUAUUCCAGCAGUCAGGAGCAACAGCCAGCUAAAAAGGAAUCUUCCUCAGUGAAUACAGCAAACAAAAUGAAUUCUAAAAAGGUUACUCCAACACUUCUUAAACCUGGAGAUAUCUUUGAGGUUGAACUAGCCAAAAAAGAUAACGGCUUGGGAAUAAGUGUCACGGUACUGUUUGACAAGGGUGGUGUAAAUACUAGCAUAAGGCAUGGUGGUAUUUAUGUGAAAGCGAUUAUUCCUAAGGGAGCAGCUGAAGCAGAUGGCAGAAUAGAAAAAGGUGACCGUGUGCUCUCUGUCAAUGGGAUUAGUUUGGAAGGUGCUACCCAUAAGCAAGCUGUUGAAACGCUGAGAAACACUGGGCAGGUGGUGCAUCUGCUGUUGGAAAAAGGUCAGCUUUCUGUGGCCAAGGUUCAUGCUCCGCUAACACCACAAUGCACGCCUCCAAAUCAGGCGGGGCAAUGUGACCUACAGGAGAAACCAGCGACAAAAACUACAAAUGCCAAAGAUUACAGCUUUGUCACUGCAGAGAACACAUUUGAAGUAAAGCUGUUGAAGAAUAGCUCAGGCCUUGGGUUCAGUUUCUGCCGUGAAGAUAACCUUACCCCAGAGCAACUAGGCUCCACUAUUGUGAGGGUGAAAAAGCUCUUCCCUGGGCAGCCCGCUGCAGAAAGUGGGCAGAUAGAAAUUGGGGACGUCAUUCUGAAAGUGAAUGGGGCAUCGCUAAAGGGUUUAUCCCAGCAGGAAGUCAUCUCUGCUCUGAGGGGAACAUCUCCAGAAGUCUCUCUCCUCCUUUGUCGGCCACCAUCCGGUAUACUACCAGACAUCGAUCCUUCUUUGUUGACUCCCAUCCAUUCACCCCAACAAGUAUUUCCAGAUGUCAGCAGAGAAGUUUCUGGUCCAUCAAACAGAGAACAAGGUGACAGCUCAGAUGAAAAUGAAACUACGGAUCUGAGCAAGAAAAGGCUAAAAUCUCCCUCUAGAAGAGACAGCUACAGUGACAGCAGCAGGAGUGGUGAUGAGGAGGUGAUAGACUUGCCAGCACAGGUGGGCCUUGACUGGAGUUCUGCGCUAUACCAAACUUCAGAUGAAGCUAUGGCACAGGCACAUAGUCAGUAUGAGACACACGGUGGUCAGGAAGAGGCUGUUCGCACCAUCUUAUAUUCUGAUCAAGAGGCUUCUAGCAAGUCAGAGCUUGAGGACAGCAAUCUGCCAUUGGAUUUGCCAUUGAUCCCAACCUGUAGAACUGUUCCUGAUGUUACCACAUCCGUUUUAAUAAAUGACUGUUAUGCUACUCCUGCUUCUGAGCUGACUCCGCACCUGGGAGGAAUGGAUUCAUUACACAGCCAGUUGGAAAAAAAUGCUGAAGAAUAUGAGCCAGAAGUAGAGCUCCGAGUUACUAUGACAAAGUCAGAAAAGGGUAGUCUGGGUUUUACAGUGACCAAAGGUAACGAUAACGUGGGCUGCUACAUUCAUGACAUUGUUCAGGAUCCUGCCAAAAGUGAUGGGAGACUACGACCUGGAGACCGACUGAUAAAAGUUAAUGACAUUGAUGUCACUAACAUGAGCCAUACCGAUGCAGUAAACUUUCUCCGCGCUGCCCCAAAGACUGUCAGAUUAGUGUUAGGGCGUGUUUUGGAGUUACCUAAGAUGCCAGUGUUGCCUCAUUUACUGCCUGAUAUUACACUAACGUGCCAUAAGGAGGAGCUAGGUUUGUUGUUAUCAGGAGGUCAUGACAGCCUUUACCAAGUUGUGUAUAUUAGUGACAUUCUCCCCAAAUCGGUUGCUGCCAGAGAGGAGAGUCUCCAUGCACUAGAUAUUAUCCAUUACAUUAAUGGAGUAAGCACACAGGGAAUGACUCUGAAAGAAGCCAAAAGAAUGCUAGAAACAUACCUUCCGAAAGUGGUGCUCAAAGUGACCAGAGAUGGUCAUCCAGUGCUUCCAAAAUCCCAAAGCCCCGAUAGCUCAAAUCCAUGGCCAAUGAAAGCUAAUGGCAGUUCCUGUGGUGAUCCCUGUGAUAAAACAGAAAAGACAACUGAUGCUUACGGGCCCAAGAUAAAUGGCAAUGGCAUCCUAGGACCUUCUCAGGCAAAUACAGAAAACAAUAUCCAUCACACAAAAAGACUAAUGAAUCUCUCAGGAUCUGGAGAUGUACCUUCCCUUAGCUUCACCAAUCAGAUGUCAGAUUUUUCUAAACACAGUGACAAAUCAGAAACAGAGGUUCCAGAUGAUGAGUAUUAUGAUGAGGAUGAUCACAAUGAAGUUGUCCAGUAUCUAUUGGAUGUUGUAGAUGAGGAAGCCCAGAACCUCUUAAAUCGUAAUAAUGCAACUUCAGAGGCUCAGUGUCUUCUACAUCUUAAGAAGGCCGCAUCAGAAGAUCACCUGCCAGUAGAGAUGAAUGGAAAGCUGACAGAAGAUAAGUCUGAAGACACAGACUGUGAUGGGUCAUCUUUACCUGAAGAUUUUUCAGAGCCAACACAUGUAAAUGGUUGUGAAGACUAUUGUGAAGUAAAAGCUAUGCCAGAAAGAUCUCCUCCACAACCUCCCUUGAGCCAAGCAGAUGAAGAUGAAGUCACGUGGGGAAGUGAUGAACUGCCGAUUGAAUCAGUCAGCCAGGAACAUGUAAAUAAAGAUUUCCCUUUAGUGACAAAUGAAGAGAUCUCUGCACUCCCUACUGUGAAUGUGCUCCCUGGAGGCAAGUACUCAGGAGCCAAAUUGAAGUCGGUGAUCAGGAUGGUGCGUGGAUUGCUGGAACAGGGAGUCCCUUCUAAAGAGAUUGAAAACCUUCAGGAGUUAAAACCUUUGGAUCAGUGUUUGAUUGGACAAGCAAAGGAGAACAGGAGAAAGAACAGAUACAAAAACAUACUUCCUUAUGAUACCACUAGAGUACCUCUUGGGAUUGAAGGUGGAUACAUCAAUGCCAGCUUCAUUCGCAUGCCAGUGGGGAAUGAAGAGUUCACUUACAUUGCAUGUCAAGGACCUCUCCCUACUACUGUAGCAGAUUUCUGGCAAAUGGUUUGGGAGCAAAACUGUACUGUGAUUGCCAUGAUGACUCAGGAGGUUGAAGGAGAAAAAAUAAAAUGCCAGCGUUACUGGCCAGAUGUACUCAAUAAAACCACCAUGAUCAAUGAUAGACUAUGGCUUACUCUUGUAAGACUCCAGCAGCUGAAAGGCUUUAUCAUUAGAGUGCUGGAGCUAAAAGAGAUUCAGACGGGUGAAGUACGGCACAUUUCCCAUUUGAACUUCAUUGCCUGGCCUGACCAUGACACCCCUUCUCAACCAGAUGACCUGCUUACAUUUAUCUCCUACAUGCGGCAUGUCCACAAAUCAGGACCUAUCAUAACUCACUGCAGUGCAGGCAUUGGACGAUCGGGGACCCUUAUUUGUAUAGACGUUGUUCUAGGGUUAAUCAGCAGAGACCUCGAUUUUGACAUCUCAGACCUGGUGCGCACGAUGCGUCUGCAGAGACAUGGGAUGGUUCAGACAGAGGAUCAGUACAUUUUCUGCUAUCAAGUUGUCCUUUAUGUCCUGAAUCAUCUCCAACAUGAAGAACAAUAGAGAGGCAAAUAAAAUACUGAAGCAGAAGUGCUUUUAAAAUAAGGAAGCAAGGAAGUCUAGAGGCUCUCACAUGUUUUCUUUGUUCUGCCAAUAGUUUUCCAGUCCCUUUCUUCAGUUGCUGUCAAAAAUCUUUUCUAUAAAGUCUCUCCAUCAUUCCAAAUAAGGUAUAUAGUUAUAAGGAAAAGGGAUAGCUCAUACAGUACCACUAAUGUCUUCAGCCCCAUGGAUACAUAUGUGAGAUUUUUUGUAUAACAGUAAAUAAUAUUUAAUAAAGCUGCAUUUUUUGCAGCUUCCUUAAUAUGUGAUAAAAUACUGAAAUAAAAAUAUUUUAAUUUAAAAAAAAAAGUAAAUAAGAAGAAAAAAAGUAAUCUUACAAUAAUUCUUGCAGUUCUGCAAUUGUUUGGGGGUAUUUUUUUCUUAUGGGGUGGGGGAGUGGGAGGGAUGAAGCAGUAUUUUUAUCCUGGCAAACUUUAUUACAAAGACAUUUUAUUAGUCUCUUUUAAAAGCUUGUUUAUGGCACAGAAUUUUUGCCCUUUUAGUACAGUUACAGCUAUUUUAUAGAGGGUAUCUUAAAAUCAGCAUUUAAGCUUUAAGAGAUGCCUAUUAGCAUAAGGAUAGUAGUGAAUGUUUACUGUAAGUAUCACAGUUAAUAAUGUUUACUUCAUAGAGGUCCAUGUAUAUAUUUAUAUACUUUUACAAAAAAAGCUGAAUUAUCAGGUGUCUAACCUUAUAACUGAUUAGGCAUCUUUACUCUGUAAAUAAAAAAUACACCUAAAGUACACUGA